AUGUCGUGCUCGGAUGAUCGAAGGCCGCUCCAGGAUCUGACUCGGCAUUUGCUCCGUGACAACGUCGUUGGCAAAGCCGAUCUCACAAACGGUUCAUCCUCCGGCUCUCACACGUAUAAGUAUCAGUCUGUCCCUCAGCCGCACAGUGGAACCUUUCGCCAGGCCGACAAGUCCAACAAUGGCAGCCUAGCCGUCGAAUACAAGAGUGAUCUGUGGCGAUCUGCCAAUCCCGAAUGCGUUCCCAUGCGACCAGCACCACACCCGACAGACUCCGCAUUCAGUCACCAUUCUCACCCUUUCGAUCAGCUUGCUGACAGCACAGACCAGGCAAGCAGUGGCGAUACUCGGUGGAAUCCCGAGUAUGAAACCUAUCUGCAUGUUGCUCGCGCGAGUUCAGACACGCCUGCCAUGAGCGCAUCCGCCUAUGUCAGCAGUAUACCAUCGCUGGACGAAGCAGAAGCGAUUGCCUGUGCUUUACAGCCCACUCCUGCUCAUGAUCAGAGCGCGACCUGGACGAACGAGUAUCGGGCGGCCAGUGCUGUAGAGGCCGCAUUGGACGAUUUGCCGCAUCCGCUUACGACCUCCGCCAAUCUAGACGCAGCGUGGGACCCCAAGCGUACCUUUACAUCUGUUCGGCCCCUUGCAGACACCCAGGUUGCGUCGGACGCAGAUGUGACAGCUCGGCCAAGUCUUACACAAGCUCAGCAAGUGCUCAUCUACACAAAACUGCGCGAGACUGCCAGAGCUCGACUGGACGGCGUUAUGAAGCAUCUCAAUGACUCUAGAGAGUAA